ACUUUCCAAUCACGAAAUUACCAUUUGAAUCAUCGGAUCAUUAUGUUUUUCAUUUCACGGGAUGUGAAUCGCCACGUUCUGAGGAAAAUACAGUUAUAUGACAUUGAUCUUUGAUUAAUUUUAACGAUAGUAUAUAAUUAUUGACGUGCGAAGAUUUUUCUAACCUGAACAAGACAAAAAUGAUUUUAACCAAAUUGUUGAACGGAAAAAUGUUUAAUUCGUUAUUGUUUAAUGUUUGUUGCACAAUCUUGUUGUCGAAGACUUACAGCUGCGCUAGGUUAUAUGAAGAACGAAGGCUACACAAUGCUUAUGAUUUAUCUGACUCAGAAAUCGAACAAAUUUCAAAUUUAAGUGAUAUGCCAAAAUUUGAAAAUACUCUUGAUCAAAUUUUAAUACCUCGAGUUGUUGGUACUCCUAAUCAUACCAAAGUUAAACGUUAUAUAAUUAGUGAACUCAAAAGACUAGGGGUUAGUGUGGAAACCGAUAAAUUUCAACAAGAAGCACCUGGGUUUGGAAAAUUAGUAUUUGAGAAUAUAAUUGGAAGAGUUAAUCCCAAUGCUACUCGUUAUGUGGUGCUGGCUUGCCAUUAUGAUAGCAAAUAUUUUCCAGAUGAUGAAUUCUUUGGAGCUACGGACUCUGCUGUUCCAUGUGCUAUGAUGUUGAAUUUGUUGGAAAUUUUGAAACCAUAUUUUAAAGAAGAUAAUAAUGUUAGCUUAAAGUUGAUUUUCUUUGAUGGCGAAGAAGCUUUUCAAGAAUGGGGUCCAAGAGAUUCUAUAUAUGGUGCAAAGCAUUUAGCUGCAAAAUGGCAUUCAACUCCAUAUCCAAAAAAUAAUAGAGAAAACAACAGCGAGCUAGAUAGAAUUGAUGUUUUGAUCUUACUUGAUUUACUUGGAUCAGCAAAUCCAAAAUUCUACAGCUAUUUUAAAGAAACAGAAAGAUGGUAUUUAAGAUUUAUGAGACUUGAAGAAAGAUUAGGUACCUUAGGCCUGUUACAUUCUUGUGCGCAUUGUCGAAAACCAACACCAUAUUUCCAGCCGAGGUCCAGAAAUGGAGGCAUUGAGGAUGAUCACAUUCCAUUCUUGCAAAGAGAUGUUCCAAUUCUCCAUUUAAUUCCAACACCAUUCCCCCCUGUGUGGCACACACCUGCUGAUGAUAAGACUGCUUUAGAUAUGAAUACUAUUGAAAAUCUGAACAAAUUACUACGUUUAUUUAUAGCUGAAUAUUUACAUUUGAGUCCACACUGAUAAAGAAAAAUGUUGAUUACAGGUACAAUUUGCAUGGAAC